UUUUUUUCUGCAAAAUCAUUGUUUUCGUAGUUAUAAAUGUUGUGUGAAAUUAGUGACCAAUUAUUUCAUCAUUUGAUUGUAACAAUCAUUUAGUAAUUUUCCAGAAUUUUCUGUUUUAUUUGUUGUUAUUUUUCUAACAAUUUCUAUAAAUUGUUUGUCCGAACCAUUUGAAUGACUCGUUAUAUAUUUUUUUUGUACACAAAAUCAAUAAAUUAUUUUAUUUUAAUAAUAAUUUGAUUACAAUUUUCUCAUAAAAACCUAAUUAUAAUUUCAAUUUUGUUUUUUCACAAUUUUAUUAAACAAAUAUAUUUUUUUUGUUAUUUUAUAUAAUUUAUUAAUAUUUACAAAACAUUUAUAAUAAUUGAAAACCAAUUUUUUGUGAAGAAGUGAUGGAAUUUCCCGAUUUGGGUCAAAACUGUUCCCAAAGUGAUUGCAACCGAUUGGACUUUCUUCCCGUGAAAUGUGAUUUAUGUCAUAACACCUAUUGUGUGGAUCACUAUCCGUAUGCCAACCAUUUGUGUCCCAAUUCAUACAAGAAGGACAAUCAGGUGCCCAUCUGUCCUCUCUGUAACCAACCGGUGCCCAUCAAACGCGGUGAACUGCCCGACAUUCGGGUCGGACAGCAUAUAGAUUUGGACUGCGAAUCGGAUCCGGCCAUCAAAAAGAGAAACAAAAUCUUUAAGAACAAGUGUUCAGUGAAAGGAUGCAAACAGAAAGAGUUAAUGCCUUUGAUGUGCAAUGAGUGUAGUCUUAAUCAUUGUCUUAAACACAGACACCCGGCUGACCACAAUUGUCAGCCGAAAGCCUUAUCAACUUCCCGACCGGCAGUAAUGUCGAUGUCGGGUUCGGCGGCAAUGAAACGUUUCGAACAAAUCAAAACAAAUGUUACCCAAAAAGUGGUCCAAAUAUCAAAUCAGAUGAAACCCAACUACGAAACCGGUAGUAGAAGUCAUUCAAAUAGUAAUUAUAACAAUGCGGUCAAAGUUCAGGGAAACUUUAGCGAAGACGAGGCCUUAGCCAGAGCUCUGCAACAGUCGAUGAUUGAGGAAAAUCAUUCAUCAGAUUCUUCAGCCAAAGAAGCCAACCAUUCCUCAAGCAAUAGCACUCAAUAUGAUCAGGAUUUGGCCCGAGCUAUAGCCGAAUCACAACGUAAUGUCGAAAGAAAUAAAGAUAAAUGUUUAGUAUCUUGAGGUCAGCACUUAAAAUGAAUUUUAUGCAAAUUAUAUCAUUUUUAAAUUGUUUGUUAAAUUGUAUUUAUAUAAUAAUAA